AUGAGAGGUGGUGGAGAUGCGGGGGAGGGUAAGGAGUGGGUGGCAAUGGCAGUGGCAAUGCCGAAGGUGGAGGUAGUGGCUAUGGUCAGGAUUCCAAAUGUUAUGGAUGAUGUUAGAAUUGGUAUUAAGGUUCGCUUUCUGACCAAAAUAUACCAUCCUAACAUUGAUAAGCUGGGUAGGAUAUGCCUGGAUAUUCUCAAAGAUAAAUGGAGCCCAGCCCUCCAGAUACGGACUGUUUUGCUGAGCAUCCAAGCUCCCCUGAGUGCUCCAAAUCCAGAUGAUCCUCUUUCUGAGAACAUUGCAAAACAUUGGAAGUCCAAUGAAGCUGAAGCUGUUGAAACAGCGAAGGAAUGGACCCGUUUAUAUGCAACUGGUGCAUGA